GAACUCAAUUUUGCAUAUCUUGGUGUCCUAAUCUAGAUUUAGCUUUGGGUUCUGUCUCAGAACUGUGAUAAAGCCCAACCCAUAUAAUUUUUGGUCAAAGUCUCCAUCCCACGAGUCAGAGUUCAGCUCGAAUCUAGCUCUAGCAUACUAGCACUCGCUUCACGGCUUCACUAAUACUCAUUCAGAAUUUUCUUACGUCCCGGCAGAUGUUCGAAUCGGGUAGUCGAAGGCGAGAAUAUUUUUCUGUAGCUCGACUAACCAGUGCGAAAAUUCAGGUCCUCGCACCUUAGCCUUUCGUGGUUUCUUUGGAUAAAAUGACCAGGGUUCCGAGAUUAAUUGAUUUAUGCAUGGCCGCCAUAGCUGAUGAACUUCUCCAAGGGGAUGAGAACGGCGAUAUGAUUUCGGUUAUUUAUGAGCUUCCAUCAGAGUUGUUCGAGAGUUUGUUGCCGCACCUGCCUCCGUUGGCAUUACAAAAGUUACAAGAAAACUUGCCAUUUAACUUCAGAUAUAACUUUGGCUCUGUAGAUGAUUACCAAAGAGACUGUCGAAAACGUAGAAGAUAUGGGGUUUUAGAUAAAACAUGGCGUUCACUUCACAAAGUUCGUUGGCCGGGUUUUCGUCAACAGAAGCUAGCCAUGGCUCAGUUGAAUAAAAUUGAUCAUGCAGAGGGUGACUCUAUUGAUGAUUGGCAGCAGAUGUACUGGGAGGCACAUUUGCAAGAGUGUGUGGAUUCUGUAGCAGAAACAGCUUUGCUCCCAUCUUAUGAUGGUUCUAUUGGGGAAAUACAAAUUCCAGAUGGUAUACUGGAGCAUAUUGGUUGCAAGAGUCACCUGGUUAAGUUGACAUACGACUGUAUCAAGUUCUCUUGGCACUGUGAGAAAUUUGGAGUUUAUGCCAGACAGCUAAGACUUCCAAAUGCACUCUGUGUUGCAGAAACUUGUGAUCUGUUGCAGAGCAGUAAGUUGGGAAGCCUGGAACUUCAGUGGAUCAAAUCCAAUGAUCAUGCAAUUUAUAGUGCUGAUUCACCAAACAUAACCUCUCAGGUAGAGGGAUUGUGUAAACUUUUAAAUCAGAACAGUGGGACUCUGAAAUCAAUUGACUUCAUCCAUUGUAAACUUUCUCCGACUCUCAUCAAUGCUAUUUGUGAUUCCCUGGACAUGAAUGGUCUUCAAUCACAUGGAGUUGAGCACUUCUUAAUCAAAAGAUCAAGCUUCCUUCAAAGUGACUCAUCUCCUGUUCCAAUUGGAUUGAUAUCUUUCUUAACAUGUGGAAGGUCCUUGCGUUCACUAACUUUAUGUGACAACCAGCUGGGCCGAAACUUUGCAAGAGUGGUUUUCAAUUCCCUCAUUGAUGCUUCAACCAGUAUAUCCAAGCUAGACCUUUCAGAAAACAAUAUAUCCGGCUUUCUUUCUCAAUUUCGAUGGAGAUCAUCAAGUAUCUCACUUGAAAUGUGCAAGUCAUUAAAAUCACUUCGGGUGCUCAAUUUAAGGUCCUGUAACUUAGUACGAGAUGAUGCAGAGUGUCUUAAACAGGCUCUCGUUCACAUACCUAAUUUGGAAAAUCUUGAUCUGAGUGACAAUUUAAUUGACGAUGGAAUCAGGAGUCUGUUAAGCUAUUUCAGAGAGAUCUCCAGCAGAGGCUUACCCUUUGCUGAAUUGAAGCUAGAGAAUUGUGAGCUUACCUGCGAGCAUGUUAUUGAACUUUUAGGAGCUCUUUCAAAUAUGAACAAACCACUUAAAUUGCUCUCAGUUAAAGGCAAUAGGCUUGGCAGCAAAAUCGGGGCAUCGUUGGGAAAAUUUUUGUGCACUGGUAUUUGUUCCCUUGAUGUUGAAGACAUAGGACUUGGCUCCUCUGGUUUUCUGGAAGCAGGAAGAAAUAUUGCAAGAGAACUGAAGAUUGUUUAUAUCAAUAUAAGCAAUAACCAAGGUGGUAUUGAAGCUGCGAAGUUCAUUUCAAGCCUUAUUUCACAUGCUCGUAAAAUUGUUGCAGUUGAUGCAAGAUAUAACAUAAUGCCUUUGGAAUCCCUAUCCGUAAUAUCCUCUAGCUUGAAAGCCUUCAAAGGAAAAUUAGAGCAUCUGGACUUGGGUGGAAAUUGGUUGUGUGACCAACUUGCUGAUGCAACGUCUGUUUUGGCUGAACUUCAAAGCCAUGGGCAAUUUUCCUUCAAUCUUCUACUAUCGACUGCUCCAAACGUACCAUACGAUGACGACCCUUAGGUUUACCAGGGUACACUUCUCGACUAUUUUAAGAAUCGUCGUGUUGAUUUUUUAUUUUAUUUUUUUCCUGAGGGCUGCUUUCAGUAAAAGCAUAUUUUAAGAAAAAGCAAUGCAAUAGUUGCAACGAAAAUGACAUUUGUCACCAUUUUUGAUGUGGUGCUGAUUACAUCUUUGUUAUUCACAUCAUUCUGUAUACCUCAUCUCACAGCAUAUCUUUCACCAUGUAAUAUUUUGGACUUUGUUCCAUUUGGACUUUAUUAUUACUAUUGGAAGACUUGGUUCAGGCUGGUAUUUUGUUUUGUAACUGGUUUUUCUCAUCAUUCACUUAUUCAUACUUGCACUUCUAACACGUGAAGCAUUCUUUUCG